AUGUCUGAACAAAAGUAUCUUGAUCGAUGCGCCGCUUUUCCUCACAAUGUUAGUUGCGCUGACAUCCCUACCGUUUCAUUCAACCAACUGUUGGAAGGCAAUGAAAACGAAUCCGAGAAGCUGUAUGACGCAUGUAGAAAACAUGGGUUCUUUCUCUUGGACCUCAGAGAUACGACGGAUGGAGAAAGACUCUUGGAAGAUGCUGAGAUGAUGUUCGGCAUCAAUGAAGCGACACUCAGUCUUGAUUCCGAGACUCUCGAGAAAUAUAAAUUCAAUCCACCGGAAAGUCUAACAGGGUAAUGUGGUCUCUUCGUCUGAUCGGGAGUUUUAUUGACAAUACUGACAAAAUCGAUUCCAACGCAGAUACAAAAGCGCUGGUCAAAUCAAGACAGAUGAUGGAUAUAUGGAUACCACCGAGAUGUACAAUAUCUCCCAGGACGAUAUAUUACACACGAGUGGUUCUAAACAUGAUAAUCCACAAACCAUCGAAAUCAAGAGAGACCAAUGUCGGGACUUUUUCAACCAUGCUUAUGCAGCCAUUGUUGUGAUAUUUUCCCAUCUUGACAAGAGACUUGGUCUCUCUCCUGGGACCCUUGCGUCGCUCUGUCCCCAAACCGAAUUAUCUCAUACUUCUCUUCGUAUGCUUCUAACUCUCCCAUCUUCCGAUGCGAGUGCGAGUCCUGUCACUCUUGGAGGUCAUACAGAUAUUGGCACUAUAACCAUGAUAUUUACCACAGCUGGUGGCCUUCAGGUAUUGCCUGCUGGGGCUGAGAACGUCAACGAUAACUGGAAAUUUAUUCGCCUCCAGGUGCGUCCUUUCAAUUGCUCGUUUCUACCGCUUAAUCUUUUAAGCAGACUAAUAAAUUGUUCCUUUUCCAACACUGUCAAGGCCCUUAAAUAUGACUGCAAGUAGCGAUGCCAACUCAGAGAUCUCUUAAACAGCCUAAAUGUGCAGUCAUCAAUAUCGGAGACACUCUUGUAGAAUGGACUGGUGGACUUCUGCGUAGCUCACUCCAUCGUGUGGCCAAAGUACCCGGAAAACAAAAUGAAAGUUCUCGGCUAAGUUUGGAUUAUUUAGUUCGUCCAAACUCAAGAGGUUCGAUGGGGAGGCUCAAGAGUAACGGUAUAAUACCAGCUCUCGCGGAAGGUGAAGAGGAAGAGACACGUUCUGUAGACGAAUGGGCAGCUUGGAGGGUGAAAGAAAUAAUGAGUGAUAUAAUCAAACAGCAGACUAGAGGGGGUAUAGCUGUAUAUUUGAGUUCUUGCAGCAGGAAUCACGGUAUACUUAAGAACCGCCGAACUCAAGGUUUAAAAAAUGUAUAUUGUGCAAAGCUCUUUUUGGGGGAAUUUCCGACAUGA